CAGGUUGAGGAGGCAGAAGAUGCAUUCACCAAGAUGAGCUGAAAGAGAGAGGUUCAAAUUAGAAUUAAUCGGACAAAGCCUUUGGCCCACAUCGGACUUAAAGUGAGGUUUGGGAGUUCCAUGGAGUUAAUUGAGAAAUUCAAAAUAAUUUUUUGAAAAUGCCCUGGAAAAAAUCCAAAGAGAAGAACUCGAAGGCAGCGGGAGAGAAGAUCAGAAGAGGCACAGACUAGGAGGUGAGCAGAUGCUGCAAGCCACAGAAGAGCAAGAGUGUCUGAAGCACCAGAAAAGGCACAGGUCAGGAGAGGAGGAAAUCCUGCAAGACGAAGGAGAUCCAGAGCAUGUCAGACAUCAGAGGAGGUGCAAGCAGGGAGGGAGGCAGACACGGCAUGGAAGAGGCCAAGAGCCGCAGAGAAUGAUCAUCAGGCUUCACCAAGGAGAGACACAGAUGCUGCAAACCACAGAAGAGCAAGGCCUUUAGAAGCACCUGAUGAAUGACAUGCCAGACAGCUGGUAAUGGAAACCAGAGAGUGCAUGAUUCAUCCUGCUGUCAUGGAGAAUAUGCAUGACGUGGAAUCACAUAGUGAUGGUACAAUCGAUUUCAUUGAUAUCAAGGAAGAAAACAUUGAAGAAUACGUCUGUGAUGUCCAGGGAGUUAAAGUUAAAGAAGAGGUUGUUGUUGAUGUAAGUGAGGAGAAUGACGAACCAGAUGCUUUGGAAGACACUCUUGUCGAGUCUAAUGAACCAAAUGCUAUUUUUAUAAAGACUGAGGAAGAGGUGACUAGCAAGCACCAGAGUCCCUUGUGGAAAGCUGCAAAGAAUCCUGGCGAGGAAGAGGAGGAGGAGGAGGAGGAGGCUUUGAUGUGUGAGGAGGAAAAAGACCCUCUGUUUUCAGUGAAAGCUGUUGCUUGGGAUUGCGAAAAGACAUGCUCGUCGAAUGGUAAUCAGACAACACUCAAGGAAAAUAAAGAAGUUGCUGGUGAAGGGAAGCGUUUCGGUUGCGAAGUUUGUGGCAAGAAGUUUAUGUACAAGAGCUGGCUGCUGGAUCACACAAGAGGACAUACAAAAGAGAAGCCCUUUAGCUGCAGUGUGUGUGGCAAGUCGUUCACCUGGAAGACGGAUCUGAUGAAACACACAAGAACACAUACAAAAGAGAAACCCUAUAUUUGCCAGACAUGCAACAAAAGCUUCUCUGAAAAAGGUACUCUAAUGUGUCACAUCAGAGUACAUACAAAAGAGAGGCCUUAUCGUUGUGAGAUAUGUAAUAAAGAUUUUUCCAAUAGAGGUAAUCUAGUGCAACACACUAGAAUACAUACACAGGAGAAGCCUCACUGCUGUGAAGUAUGCAGCAAGGCAUUCUCAGUGAAAAGUAAGCUUCUGAUACACAUGAGGGUACAUACAAAGGAAAAACCAUAUUGUUGUGAGAUAUGUAAGAAAGCCUUUGCUGUGAAGUAUAAUCUAGUGCAGCACAUCAGAGUGCAUACUCGAGACAAGCUGUUUCACUGCGAGGAUUGUAGUAAAUCAUUCGCAUGUAAGCGCUAUUUAGUGAAACAUAUGAGAUUACAUACUUAGGAAAAGUGGUAUAGGUGUAGCUCUCCACCAGCAGCAGGCAUAAUGGUGCCUACACACACACACGAGCAGAUGUAGUAGAGAACCGGCCAUAAACAGGAUGCCUCAAUGGGAGCCAGUUCGAUUUCACAGGCAGCGGCGGAUCUAGGGUAUGGCAAGUAGCCGCCGCAGGAAGGGGUAGCCUUUUAACACCCAGUGUUCCCGUUCUUUGUUAAUCACAAGAUUAUCUAAUAGAACUUGUUUUAUUUUUGGAAUGAUUUUAUGGUAAAUUUGUGUAAAGAAACGGAUGACAUGUUUAGACCGGGACUUGUCAUAGCCGCUAAUCUGUGUAAGCAUGACAUUCCCACCUUGCCUUGCAUGCGCAUUAUGGUGCCAACUGCCAUUAAAGAUGUCAGUGCCCUUUUGCUGAUGUUGAAACAUUUAUUCUUGUUUCAUUGUCACAUAUGCCAUGAUGUGCAUGCUAUGUCCACUGUGAUUUUAGUUUAGUGAUUGUAUUUAUGUAGAUUGCACCAUUUUAGCCCUAUCCCUGAUGAUCUUCGUCAAGAAUAUCAUUCAUUUUUAUUAGUAGUACUUUUGCAAUAAUUAUAAUGUUACUGAUAAAAAACAUACCUAUUUUAAAGCAUUAGAAGAAAUAACAAUCUUCCUGAAAAUUUGAAAAUCUGGAAAUUAGGGAAAACACUCACAAUCAUUAGGUCUAACCAGGGACUUUGUGGCCAAGCGCUUGUGGAGCUGUCUGCAUGCAACACAAUUACACUAAAAGCAACAGUUAUGGUGUUCUCAUGACUGUCUGUGAUAAGAAUUGUAUGUGAAUGAAGGAGUAAAGACAA